CUAUCAACAAAACGAGAUCGUAUCAUAGCUUCCAACAUUUAGUGGUCGUAUUCAUUAGCUGAUACGUUUGCUGACAAACGUUGCUGUGAUCAAAAAGUCUGAUAUAAUUGAGAAUUUAUUGUCUGAGGAGGAUAUUUAUACAACAAUAGCAAACAUGUCAAAUGAUGUGAACAUGCAGGCUGAAAAGCCCGAUGAGGAAGACAGUGUCGAUAAGACUGAAGAAGAAGAAGGCAGAUCGUCUAAUGACCUGCAUGCGCAAGAGAGUGGUCCUGUUUAUGGAGGUUGCGAGGGACCAAAUGCAAUGUACGUGAAGCUUGUCAGUAGUGACGGGCACGAGUUUAUUGUCAAACGAGAACAUGCAUUGACGAGUGGUACUAUCAAGGCGAUGUUAAGUGGUCCUGGUCAAUUUGCAGAGAACGAAGCUAAUGAAGUUAAUUUCCGUGAAAUUCCCUCACACGUUCUACAGAAAGUCUGUAUGUACUUCACAUACAAAGUACGCUAUACAAACAGUAGUACGGAAAUCCCCGAAUUCCCAAUUGCACCUGAAAUCGCGCUAGAGCUGUUGAUGGCCGGCAAUUUUCUAGACUGCUAAACGACAUCAGAAACAGAAGUGGCGUGUAUCACGGCAAUCUAAUUCACAGGAAAAGAGAACGAUUCUCGUUUAUGUUGCGUCUGCAUUUGUGAUACUUCGUGACAUAAUAUCGAAGCAUAAUAAUGAUUGCUUCUGAUGGUCGCCUCGUAUUCGCGAUUUAGACAUUUUAGUGCGACGAAACAUUGCGUGACGAUAAAUAUAUCAAGAACCUAUUAUGUUGAGAGUUUACGAUGUCACAAAUCUGCGGAAUAUUCCACGUGCUAUGUUAGGUAUUUUGUAUUUGUUAAUACACUGUAGUAGGUGUAACAAUUCGCUGAUAACGGGUUAUUCAUACAAAUAUACAUUAUUUGUUUUGUACCCUGAUUAUACUUUAUUAGCAAAAUUAUUCAUAUUAUUGUUGGUGAAAUUAGGAGCAAAUUAACAUUAACUUAACAUAAGAUUUUUAAUCUUAUCCGCUGCGUUAGGUGACAACACUAAACUUUUUACCGCAUUGAUAUUAUCGAAUGUAUAAACGUAAUUAUUAGGUGCGCAACUUAAUUUUCGGCUCCAAAAUUUAAUGAUAGCAUCUAUUCAAAUUUAUAUUUUUUCCCGCCAUAAAGUGGGUUAAAAGUAUUAAGCCCAAAGGUUUAAAAAGGACUUUCUGCACAAGAUAGUGAUCUGUGAUGAAAAGUGGAUACUUUGUGACAAUCCGAAGAAGCGAAAAUCUUGAGUUAAGCCAUCGACUAGUACUGCAAAACCAAACAUUUGUGCAAAAAAAAUUUGCUGUGUAUUUGGUGAAACCAGAAAGGCGUUAUUCACUGUAAGUUGCUCAAACCCGGUCAAACUGUUGCUGCUGAGCGUUAUUAUCUACAAUUAAUUCGAGUGAGUGACGCACUUGAGGAGAAGACCUUUUACCAGCAGUGGGAGAAGGAAAGUGAUUUUGCUGCAGGACAACGCGCGGCCACACACAACAAAAACAACAUUAGAAACCAUCUCCGACUUAAGCUGGGAAAUUCUCCCUCACGUUGCGUAUUCUCCAGAGCUCACCCCUUCAGAUUACUACCUCUUUAGAGAUAAUUUUAUGAUCUUUGCAACAUCAAAGCUGAUUUACACUUUACAUCUGCUGAGUAGUCGAAAAAGGCAUCUUUGAAUUUAUUGACUUAAAAUAACCAUCUUUUUUCCAAAAUGAAAUUUGACAGUUGUCUGAAAGACGGCGACAAUUGUAAAAAGUGAGAAGGAUUACUCUGAAGGUUGGGUAAUUAUUCGUUUUUUUAUAAAUAAAGAAAAAUUUUGUAAAAAAAAGGCCGAGAAUUAAAUUGCGCACCUAAUAUAUUCUUUUUUGUUAAAUAUAGGUACAAUUAUUUAUUCUUGGUUCGCAUUUGUAUAGCAAUGUUCAGAAAAGGUAAUACUUCAGUCGAAUCUUCAGUCUCGAAAUAUAUAUUGCAUCUUCUUCUAUCUUUUUUAGAAUAUAUAUAUUUAUUUGUCUUUCGAAAGAAUCGGUGAGGUGUAACCUUUUCUGAGUGUUCACAAGUGUUCACGACUGCAUCUAUACUUCUUGUAUCAUUACUGUUUGGACAAUGAUAGUGUUUUAACACGUUGCAGAAGGAAAAAAUUCAUCUCUUGGUAAAGCACGAAAUAAGAUAAAUCUUUUAAUUGAUAAGUCAAUGAUAAACAUCAUAUGACAGGGUAAAGUGUUCAGAAACCAGCACUUAAUCUAUUUCCGACACUUUUGUCCUGAUUUUAUCAAAUAUCAAAGUAUAUGGGGAUUUAAGAAAGAUAAUUAAUAAAUAAUAAGUAAUAAAUAAUAAUAAAUCUCUAUAUUUGGGAAUAUAUUUGAUAAAAUCCACACAAGAGUUGUAAAAAUAGAAUGCCCCAGUUACUGAAUGUCUUAUCCUGUGUAAGAAUAUGCACGAUAUCAUAAUUUUACAGGAAGUCUAGGAAAGUGUUUGCGGUUUCAUAAACUAAUAAAUAUACUGUACAAAAGA